AUGGAGAAUGAUGAUUGCUAUAAAUUAUGUGAUUCAAAAAAAGAAAUAAGUGAAGAUUAUGAAACAUCAGAAGCAUCAGAAGAUUGUCCAUUAACACCAAAUAAAAAAUGUCGAUAUAAAAAAUGCAUUUGGAAAUAUCGUGUUGCUGGAUGUAUACUGACAUUUAUAACAAUAAUAAUAGUUAUAUUUUUGAUAUAUUUAUUAUCAAAAGCGUUAUUUAAAAAAAGCCAUAAUAUAAAUGAUGAUGAUGAUGGACCACAUGGUGCUGUUGCAGCAGAUAAUGAAAUAUGUUCAAAAAUUGGUGUUGAAAAAAUUCAACAAGGUGGUAAUGCUAUUGAUGCUGCUGUUGCAUCAAUGAUAUGUAUGUGUGUUGUUGCUCCAGAAAAAAGUGGAUUUGGAGGAGGUGGAAUUGCAAUGGUUUAUCGUCGUAAUGGGGACAAUCCACUGGUGAUAGAUUUUGCAACAAACACAAUAACUGGUUUUUUUGAAACAGCUAAAAUAAGAAUACCAUCUGUUCUUCGUGGUCUUGAAUAUUUACAUUCUAUGAAGGGAAAAUUACCUUGGAGUAGUGUCGUUAAACCUGGAGCAAAUUUAGCAAAAAAUAAUUUUCAUUUUACUGAAAAUGUCAAUGAAAAACAUGGAAAACUUAAUAAACGUUUGAUAAAUAAUCAUGAUUUAAAUAUGAAAAGUUUAGGAGAAACUCUUGAUUCAAUUUCUCAACAUGGAACAAAUAUUUUGUAUAAUGGUACAUUGUCAAAAAAAUUACUCCACGAUAAAAAAUGUCCUCAUUUACUCAAUCAACUUGCAUCUUACAUGCCAAAAAAAAUAUCAAGUAAAAAAAUUAAUUUUUAUGAUUAUUCAAUAUUUUCCCCUGAGCAUUCAACAAUUUUUCAAUCGACUUUAAUGGAUACCAGUAAAUUAAGUAAAAAUAAAGUUGAUACAAUUGCUAAAAUAACUGUAAAUUUAAUUGAUAAUUUGGCUUAUAAAAAUGGUAAUUCAUGUAUUGAAAAAGAAAUUUAUACAUCAGUUGUUGCUGCUGAUUCUGAUGGUAAUUUUGUGUCAAUCAUAACUGGAAUGAGUGUAGCACCAGGUCUUGAACACAUGUCUGGAGUUGGAUUUCACCUGGACACCAUAAAAACUCAUAACAAUUUAAAACUUUUAACACCAAUAAUAUUUACAAAAGAAAAAACAACAACAGGUGUUCUUGGUGUUGAUGAUCCAAUCUUAGCAACUGAAAUAUUAACAAACAUGAUCAUUGAAAAGCUAAAUCUUUCAUCGUCAAUUGAGCAUCAACGUUAUUAUCGAACGUCAAAAGGAAUAAAGCUAGAACCACAAACGACAAAUCAACAAUUAAAUUAUCCAAAAAAUAUAAAAACUCUCAUUGAAAUUUACACGUCAAUUGAUAAAAAUAUUUAUAAAAGUGUCAAUGGAAUUGUACAACACCACCAAAGCUUAACAAGUCAUUCAGAUAGCAGAGGUGGUGGAAUAGCUUAUAGAUUUAAAUAA